GUGAAGCUCCAAAUCCGAAAGCAAAAGUUACACCAACAACAAACAAAAUGGCGCAGGCCACACCAGUAUCGGCAAGUGCGCGUUCGUGGGAUCCGAAAUUUUCACAUUCUGAUAGAGAAAGAUGGAUUUGCAUUUAUCCAGCCUACCUCAACAGUAGAAAGACUCUGAAGGAAGGACGCAAGAUACCUAAGACCAAGUCGGUUGACAACCCAAGUUAUGCAGAAAUCAAAGAUGUAUGCGCUGCGGCUGGCCUUACCCUUGGUGUGGAAAAUAAGGUCUACCCCCGCGAAUUGGACCACAGGGACCCAAAGGUCAGAGGUCGUAUUCGAGUUCAGCUCAAAACCGAAGAUGGACAGCCUAUGUUAAGCCAGUUUCCAACAAGGCACUCCAUAUUAAUAUAUCUAGGGGAGACGAUUCCGAAGUUGAAAACUCGUAUACAAUCACAGUCACAAAGUCAACAAGGUCAGCAGCAACAGAAUCAGAAAGGACAGAAGAAGAAAGGAAGGAAGGGAAAAUAGAUCUGUUACGAACCACAAUCAACUUUUAUAAUUAUUCGGAUGGGUGCUUGUGUAAUAAAUUAUGUAUACAAAAA